AUGUCUAUCGAAUACAAAUUUCAUCCUGAUAAAAAAGCUACAAUAAUAACAGCACCAUUUUCAGGCGGUCAACCAAAAGGUGGUGUUGAAUUAGGUCCGGAAUACAUCUUGAAUGCUGGUUUCCAAAAACAAAUUGAUUCCCUUGGAUGGGCCACCAGAAUAGAGAAUCCAUUGGGAGAUGUAUCACUUGAAGAAAAGAAAUCUAAUGUCAAAGAUGAAUAUGGAGUCAAAAAUGCUGCUAUUGUUAGUAAAUGUUGUCAAUUAAUAUUUGAAGCUAGUAAAAAGAGUUUGAGUGAAGGGAGGUUACCUUUGGUAAUUGGUGGUGAUCAUUCAAUUGGAACUGCAACUGUCGGUGCCAGUCUAGCUCAUAAUCCAAAUACUUGCGUUGUAUGGGUUGAUGCACAUGCUGAUAUUAAUAGUCCAAAGACUACCGAUUCAGGUAAUUUGCAUGGGUGUCCGUUAAGUUUCUUAAUGGGAAUUGAUGAAGAAUCAUAUCCCCCCGAAUAUAGCUGGGUUCCACGUAUAUUAAAGUCAAAUAAAUUGGUAUACAUUGGAUUAAGAGACGUCGAUGAAGGUGAAAAGAAAAUUUUACGUGAUCACAACAUUGCCGCUUUUUCAAUGUAUCACAUUGACAAAUAUGGUAUUGGAAAAGUUGUUGAAAUGGCAUUGGAUAAAGUCAAUCCAAAUCGUAAUUGUCCCGUCCACUUAUCAUAUGAUGUCGAUGCCAUUGAUCCUUCAUUUGUACCAGCUACUGGUACCAGAGUUGAAGGUGGAUUAAGUUUAAGAGAAGGGUUAUUUGUUGCUGAAGAAAUUGCUCAACUGGGAUUAUUACAAAGUUUAGAUAUUGUUGAAACCAAUCCAAUGUUGGCUGAGACUGAGGAACACGUUUUGGAUACUGUAAGUGCUGCUUGUGCUAUUGGUAGAUGUGCUUUAGGACAAACUUUGCUAUAG